AUGCUGUACCUCUACUUCACAUUUGCUUUCUUCCUCUCCACGCCUGUUCUCGGGCAGAUGUUCACUUUUCUCGCCUAUGACGCCAUCUACGGCGAUGCCAGUUGUCCCCUCUCCAGUCUCGCCUGCUCUGACGGGUCCAACGGACUCGAAAGCAAAGGGUACGCCACCCUUAGCUCCUUCUCCAACUUCCCUUACCUCGGAGGCGCACCAACCAUCGCAAACUGGAACAACGCUAACUGUGGCAAAUGUUAUGCCAUCACGUAUGCAAAGAACACUAUCAAUGUCCUUGCACUGGAUGUGUCGAAGGAUGGGUUUACGGUGUCACCCCAGGCGAUGAACAUGCUGACGAAUGGGCAGGCGAGCGCGUUAGGGAGAGUGAAGGUCACUGCCACUGAGGUGCCCGCCAGUGAAUGUGGCUUGUGAGGACGAGAUGCGACAGCGCGGUAAUCCUUGCGAGCGGUAUGUUAGCAGGGAACAGCAGCACACGGAAUAAAAGACUUUGUCUGCAUUUCAUGGCGGUAUAUCGAGUUCUGGACAUGGACCCGUUGGGCUUCUUGUUAUAUCUUCACUUGGACAACUUGUACCAGGACGUUGUCGGUGCCUUUAUUGGUACCGUAGACUUGAUUCCUAGUUUGU